GUUAGAUUAGCAUUAGCACCAAACAGGAACUAAACAAACAUACCCCAUUGUUGCUGGUUGGUUGCUUGGUGCAGCUACUCCCUCUGCAGCCGCCCCUCUCGUUGUGCCUCCGGCGCAGGUUUCACUCCGACAUGGUCUGACGUGUCGGCGGCCGUGGGUGCAUGUCGGUGACGUGCGAAGCUUCACCGGAGCAAACGCGCCUGAACGUGCAUGAUGAUGAUGGUGGUGAAGAUGAUGACCGAGAGCUCCGAGCUAGCUAAAAGCAGCCAAUGAUAGCGCCUGCUAGCUUCGGCUAGCAUGGGGCUAACAAGGAUCAACGUACUCCGGGCUUGUGCUCGGCUAAGGACUGGACUGGUUUUGGCACUCCGAGCCGAAUUGAAGAAACUUUUCGAACGAAGAGAGAAAAAUUAACCUAAAUAUAAAAGCGUUGCUAGCUAGGUUGCUGUUGUGCUAGCUUAAUUAAAUAUAGCACCACAUAUUAAGGGGUUUAGUCUACUCAGUGGUGAUGUUCUCGAUGUUUCGACAAUCUUCCAACAGGUUCUAAGGCAAGUCCAAUGGUCCUGCCUUUCAGAGGCGAUAAACGAUACCGGAUGUCACGUGCCGGACCCGCAUCAGCCUCCCCCUCCUCCUCAUUUCAUCCCGCCGCCUCCUCCUCGGAUGCUCAGUAGGCGGCUUAAGGCGGUGACGUCAUCACGCUGCGACGUGAUCGGCAGCAGGGCGUUUGUUGCCGUUUGACAGAAAAGAUGACCAAAAGGAAAGUAAAUAAUUUUUUUCCUCAUGAAAUAAACAAAGAUUAUUACAAUGGAAUGUAUCUUUUGUAUAAUAUUUGUGUUUUUUUUGGUAAUUUCUAUUAUUUGCAUUUUUAAAUGAUUUGUCAUUCAUGUUUAUUAGCAUUUUCCUUUUUUUUUUUUUUGAUGGCCCUCCAAGAGGCAGUGGGCGGGAUUAAUGAUCUGAUUGGUUGCAGAGCAGUAGCACAAGUGGUUGGGGUUAUAAUGAUGCAACAUGUUGACUAUAAGGGGAAGAAAAUCUUCUCCGGUAUCGCCGUCACACCGCAUGACACGCUUGGGCAGGUGUGAGCUCUUAAUGUGUGUCGUUAGUAAAAGAUGGUUUUAAAAAAACUGAACAAGCUGAUGUAUCUUUUACUGUUGCUGCAAAUACGGCGGCGUUAACACCGCAUGCACACUGCAGCGAUUCUUUAAUAAUCCACCAAGAGGCCGUAACACAAUCAUCCCGAUGUCACAAGCAGCAUCGGCAAAGGUCAAGAGAUUCGGCUGAGCAAGAAAACCCAGAGCGAGCGUGUUUGCAACGUGAUCGCAGGGGAUCCGCGAGUCGGCGGUGCGAGACGCCGAGGCAGAAUCCCAUCAGGAAGGUUCCAACCAACCAUGGACGCUUCCAUGGGGGAUUUGGCCCUGUGUGACGCCGAGAUGCGAGCGCUGACGCCCGACACUGAGCCGGAGGGGAACGCUGGUGAUGAAGUGGAGCAGCUUUGGAACAGUUUACAUGAAGCAGUCCACGAUGAGAAGGUUCAGCCAAAGAUGCAGUUCCUGAUCAUGGACUCCGCCUUCUCCAUGGUGGCCUUGCAGGGUGAGGACAGCGGGAUUGCCUGGGAGACUACCCCAAGCCGCUGCGCCACGCCCGUCUCACCCAUCCCGCCAAGGACUUCCUGUGCACCAGCAGGGAGGAUCCUCCUGGUCAUGGAUGAGGAGCUGAUGUCCAAGCGGAGGAAGACGAGAGCAGGUGGACACAAAGAUGAGCCUCCUGCAGAAAGCUGUGAUGACAUCUCAGGAAGACCUGAAUUAGUUGGAGCGGCUCAACUUAACAUCCAAAAGCAAAAGAAUCGGGAAGAUAAAGAGCAAAGCUUGUUCAGUUUGGUGUCCGAAGGAUCUGAAAUCCUCAACAUUGUCGUCCCUCACAAGCUGCUCACAGUGGAUGAAGAGGAGAGCAAAUGCAUGGUGGACAACCUCUCCUACCUGGAGGAGAGCUCUCCUAAAGCUGACCGAGCAGAGGAAGAGAGCAGCCACAGGGUGAUGGAGCUCAGUGGUUUUUCCCAGGCUUCAACAGGAUCAUGUUCAGCUGCCAGGGAACAUCCAACACCACUGCUGGGUUCCGGUGAUCCACCAGGAGCUCCAGGAAUGGAGUCUGCAAAAAAUGAGGACUACUUUGAAGCCUACACCCUGAUUGACGAUCAGGCUCCUGGAAGUCCUGCUGUGAUCGCACACAGACACCGGGAACCUGAGGCUGCUGCAAGGAAGCAAGACGCAGAGACACCCGUGGAGGCUGGAGACACCGGAGAAGAUAGUCCAGAAGGACUCAGCAGUGAGCUUCUAGAUGAGUUCUUCUACAGCGGCACAAACAACUACCCGAUGAAAAGUCACCUGGAGGCAACCAAAGUCUCUCAGCCUCCAUCCAAACUUAAUGGCUCCCCUUUGUUUGGAAAUGAAGAGGACAUCUUGACUCCCGUCUUCCUGCCUGAAGGUCCCCAAAAGACCAUCGACCCCAUUCUGUUAGAGGAACCCAAAGCCAUGGCUUUCCUUUACGACGACCUCUACGAGGAGGCCACAGGGAGUUGGGAAAAGGAAGACGACGCAGUAAGUAUGACCUCGGAGAAGUCUUUUCACAGCAGACAUUCCGACCGGGAGGCCAGAGGCUACAUGGAGAAAUACGUUCUCAUCGAUGAGACGCCCGCGGUGGACGGACAACCGACAACUGAAGAGGAAGUACUUUUGUCCCAAGACUUGGAUGAUGUUGAGGAUGGUCCCUCCAAAUCCCCAAACUCGUCGGAGGAGAUUACAGACUUCUUCAGGUCAAGUGCCACAUCUUCUCCAUGUGACAUGUUCCUCGUAUCACAAGAAGAAGAUGAAAGUCCAUCAAUCACCAACACCAGAGAUAACAUCUCAGGUGUAGAAGAUACUGCAAUCCCACAAAAUCCACUGGAUGAGUUUUCCUGGGAGUCUGAUUGGGAAGGCAUGGAUGAUUAUGAUGUCUCCACAGAUUUGGAGAUGUGGAAGCCUGACCCAGAAGCACCAAGCCCUAGCCCAAGCCCAAGCCCAAGCCCACCUCCUAGGAGGAAAGCCACCUCCUCCCUUGAGAAGGCGUGUCUGUCUCUAGCGCCUCUGACUCCAGCGGAGGACAGCGAGGACGCCUCCCUGAAAGAACAGAGGAAAGAAGAGAAAGAGGCGGCGUCGCCAGCCGAGACCGGCGAUGAAGAGGAUGGAGAUCAGGAGGUCCACGUGCCUUCCUGUGUGUCCGUUGAAGAACCUGCUGAGGAGAAAGACACUGGAAAAGCCUUUGACAGUGAAGUCGCUUUAGCACAACUUGACGCAUCGGAAUCAGAGACGUUUCAUCCCAAGAAAGAAGAAGUUCAUCACCUGACUCGAGCGCAAUGUGUCAUUCUUUAAGACAAUAGGUCAUGUGACAACAUCAGGGGCGUGUUUGUGGCGCCCCCUAUAGGUUGCGGUUAAAAUUCUUUGCAAUACAUGCUAGCAUUGUGUAACACAAAAACCAUAUAAUAAUAACAAAUGCUCAAUGACUUAUGGACAGUUUGUUGCUAAAUCCUGCCCCCAUUUUGUUUGAAGGGGACAUAUUAGUAAAGAAGUAACAGUAAGCCUUCUAGUUCUUCCAGAAUCUGCACCUAUUCAGCUGUAUUUCUUUGGAUUUUGUUGUUGCUCUGUUUUAAUAUAUUCCACCCACGGCCCGCCUCCAGGCACGCCCACUCUGCUGUGGUUGGCCACACUGUCGAGUGCAUAUAAAGACUUCCGGUUUGUGCAGCCAAAUGUAUCAGAGUUGAGUUGAUAAUAAACGGCAAUUUAUGUUUUUAAAAUGUCAGCUUUUAACAUACAGGGUGUGUCAUCAUCUUUGUUCCACAUUGCAGGACACUUCUUCAAGAUCCAUAGUUUGAGUAGUUGAUUAAUUUUGCCAUCUUUA